GAUGGUAGGUGAUUCCAUGAAUUGGUCAACCAACAACUGGUUGCACCCGGUGAUGUGCGGUCUAGAGCUGCCAAAGCAUGGAUGAAGAGAUUGAAGCUGCCAUCUUGCAAGCUCUCGAAGAUGAAGGUGUGGAGUUGCGAUAUUUGCAGGAGAAUGAUCCAAGAAGGCCUGGCCAGUUGGGCCGUUCCAUGGCCCUGCGGAAGACCACGGGCGACGGUUCCAGCCACAGCAGCAACAUUUGCAGCGCCGUGGUGAAGCGCUACCAAGGGCGGCAGCUAGCCUUGCCUUUCUCGGAGCCUUUGGACUUGGCCCUGGCCGUGCGGCAGCGCCUGCUUCGAGCGCCGCCGCUGGCGGAUGUGCGUGUGGAGCAGGGCGGUGAGCUGCGGCUCUACAGUCAGCCUUAUUGUGAUGCGCAGAAGAGGCAAGGCAAAGUUCUUUGCAAAGGCUGCGGCGUUUUCUAUUUGGAAGGCAACCCCAUGCGAACCCACGUGCAGAAUUCCAAAGACUCGCGGUGCUUCAGUGCUGAGGCGGCCGAGUACUAUCUCCGCAGCUGUCAGGAUGGAGCAGCUUCGUUAGCCGCGGCUACGACGGUGGAGGGAGCGAAGACUCUUGAUCCUGGAUUUCAAGCGGCAAGAGACGGAGACUUGGACCAAAUGUGCCACUUGGUCCGGAACGGCUGGGACGUGUCCCGAGCUGUGGACCGGCACGGCAACACGGUGGUCCAUUGGGCCGCGGGCGGCGGACAUGUGGAGAUCUUGCGUUUCCUCGUCUCCCUUCGCAUGGAUCCCUGCGAGCCAAGCGCCAAGCAUCAGAAUCGCUGUGGCCUGCACUGGGCCGCGCGCAAUGGACAGGUGGAGGCAUGCCGCUUCCUGUUGGAGCAGCGAAGCUUUGUGGAUGUGCAGACGGACGGCGGCGACACCCCGCUGAUGUUGGCUGCGUGGCAGGGCCACAUCGACUGUUGCGCCUUUUUGGGUGAACAGCGGGCAGACCUGCAUCAUCUCAACUCUUGGGGCUGCAAUGCCAUGCACAAGGCAGCACGAAUGGAUGGAAAACACUCCAGCCUAGAGAUGUUGCGAUUUUUGCUGUCUCACAACGUGGCAGCCAGCAGGGCAAACUGCAAUGGUCACAAUGCAUUGCACAAGGCGGCCCAGUUCGGCUCUCAGGAGGCGUGUCAGCUGCUGCUGGAGGCAGGCUGCCGGUGUCGCGAGGCGAUGUGCCAGGAUCGCGAUCGAAACUCACCCAGUAGUUUGGCCUUCGCUGCGGGGCACCAUAGCCUGGCUGGGGAGCUGCGGCACACCGAGGACCUGCUUUGGCUCACUCCGGCCGUCUACCGGGACCCGGGUGACCAUCCGUGAUGCGACCAGCGGGACGACGUGAGAACUUCCGCGUGACUGCCAGGUUUGCGGUAAAAAACGCCAUUUUCCUGAAGUGGGACCACGAUCUUCAACAUGAGACAGUCGCUGACGACCACUGCCCUCAAGUCACUUCAAGAUCUUCAAGUG